CUUCUGUCAAACGGCGUUCAGCCGUCGAGGGAGCAGAUAGCGUGUCUUAUAUACUGGAAAAUAUCGGAAAAAUCUUUGACAAGUCUUUAAAAUCGUCAAGAAAUCCCAUCUGUUCGCCAAGUGAGAAACAAAUAUAUUGAAAAAUCAUCGGACGUCGUCUAAUCGUUGUAGAAUUAUCAAUUGAUAAGACAUCGAGAAACUCACCAUCUGUUUGACGAGUGAAAGAUUAGCGAUCAUCGGACAUCGUGAGUCGCAGAAUUAUUAGAUGAAGAACGUUGGUAGGAGACUGCAUUGUGCACGUUAGAGAAGAUCCCAGUGUUUCUAAGAAUUAUUAAUCAACGUAAAAUGGAAACGGUUGAAAUAUCGAAUAUAUGGUUCGUCUAAGGAGAAACGUAAGAAAAGAGACAUUUGGCAGAGACGAACGUCAGUAUGUUGCACAGUUCGUUGCCACGGGCGUUCCUGGCCCCUGGGUUGAAUUAUCUGGGUUACUACGGUGACGAGAUCCACCAGCAUUCGUACGGCGCGGCUACCAGUUGGCACAUUCCUAUGGAGAACCCUCCCACCUACUCCAGGGUUCCCGAUCAUCACGUUCUUCAAAACUGGGACUUGUCCAGAUCGUCUACCCCGUGUCCCCUGGAUCUGUCUCUGAAACCUCCGCCUACACCGAUCACGCCGAAAACCGAAGAUCUCGUAGAUUCCAAGAAAGAUCAGAGAACGUUGGACGAUGUGCAGAAAGAAUUGGAAAACACCGGGUACGGAAGGAACAGCGACGAAACGAGUCCCCUGGUGGUCGACGACUUCGACACGGUUCCACGAAGUUCCUCGGUGCACAGUCAUUCCAGUUACGAGCUACUUUCCAAGAAAGAACCACUGCAAACUCCGGAACCAACGGUCAAAGCCUGCACUUUGGAAGAGGCCACCAGACUAGCUCCCUUUGGUUCAAGCUCGAACGAGAUCGCUUCCAAGUAUUACACGCACAAUCAGAAGCUUCUAUUAACCAGUCCUAGUCACCUUCAAUCGGUACAAGGCUACCACCAGCAGCUUCUUCUAACGCCGCAGCAUCACCUGCAAGGGAUGCAGCACGCUCCCAUGACUCCUCCGAGCACACCGUCGCCUCCGCAAUGUCCAAGACGAAAAGUAAGAGAGGAGGACUCGAGUCCAGCCUCGACGACCAGCAACAACAACGUCGCGUCUAGUAGCUCCAGAUCCAGUUCCACCGAGAAGCUUCUUCAGAGACCCAAAAAGAAGCACGCUAGAAGAUUGAAAUUCGACGAGGAUACCAGUAGCCCGGUGUCGGGUACCGUGAUUUUGGGCCCGGACGAGGCUGUAGUCACCGGAGACAUCGAUCCGGCAUUCAACAUCGUUGAAGUCACCGAGGAGGCGCGAGCGGAGCUAGCUAAGAUCGAGAACAGGCUUGGCCCUUAUCAGUGCAAGCUCUGCAGGCAAUUGCACGAGGACGCGUUCCAGUUGGCCCAGCACAGGUGCUCCAGGAUAGCCCACGUCGAGUACAGAUGUCCAGAAUGCGACAAGAGAUUCUCGUGUCCGGCGAAUUUGGCCUCUCACAGACGCUGGCAUAAACCAAGACUGGCCAACGGAGAACAUUCGUCGUCUACCGGAAGUAUCGAGAUAUCGUGCACCAGGUGCGACGCGAAGUUCACCAGGCAAGCAGCGCUGAGGAAACACCUAGCCAGUCAACAUCCAGAGACCAACAACAACAACAAUCACAACAACAAUAACGUGGUGUUGGAGCAAGGAGGAGCUGUUGGUAAGACUGACGUCGUUCAGGUGGUUUCCAAGGGUACGUUGAACACCGAGAUCCCCUGACACCAGUUCCCCGCGAGACCCUUGCCCAGAAGACCAGGACUCUACUGGAGAUUCGGCCUUGAUUUGUAAAGACCGAGUCUCCUAGUGGAGGGCUCUAUUUUUUCGCAAUCUAACGUUUGAGAAUUUUUUUCGAAUUUUUUUAUAGUUGCUUGGUUGGAGAUAUGAUAAAGAGCAGUUGAUAUAUUAUCUUUGCAUUCCCCUUUGUUCUUGUUGUCAUAGGGUAUUUCUGGCAUUUUUUUAAGUUUCAUAUUAUAUAGUAAUGGGAUAAAUUUUGUUCUUCUUUUUAUUUUUUAUUUUUCUAGUUUUGUAUUUUUCUUUAGAAUCGUAACACGUGCAAUUUUAUGUUAAUAUUUCAUUAAUGGAAUAGACUUUUCUUAAAGGAUAGGUUUUUUUCUUUUUUUUUUUUCUUGGAGCGUGUAACUCAACCGGUGUCGUAUACAGGGAAUGAUGCAAGAGGGAAGGAGUAACGUGUUAUUUGAUUAGUAAAUAAUAGCGAAAGCAAAAUUUAAUACGACAUUCUUCUCUGUACGCGUUAUAUAGUCAUUAUGUUGGAGAAUACGUCGGUCGAGGAUUGAGAAUUUUCUUUCGAAAACUGAAUAUUUCGAUUUAUAUAACGCCUGAAAGGUUUUGUAUAUAUUUUCAACUAUACAGUGAUUUUUUAACCUUUAUGCUAAAUUUAUUUUCAUUACGUAAAUAUGUUUCAUAUUCCGAUACGCUUAUCGUAUUUUUUUAUAUAAACUUAUUCAUUAAUAGAUUGCACAUAUCUUGGAGUUUCAUAAGUUUUAUAGUAAGGUAUAAAAUAUCCUACUUCAUAUCAUGAUAAAAUUUAUCAAACGAUAGAGUGUGUUACUACCGAUAAAAAGAUUUUGCAGCAGCUGAGAAUAUUGCUUUUAAAAACAACAGAACGAAACAAGCGUAAAUUUCAAUCGUGAUUGUAGACAUUUUACUGACGGCGAAAUUUCAGUUAUCAAUAAUUCGGGACGAUAUUACGACGCACAAUCGUAAAGUACAGCUAACGAUCAAUUUCAGAAUUUCUAUAAUAAUUCAAUCUUUUUUUUUUUAAGGAACAUCGAUUAUGAUAUCUAUUAGGUCGUUUCAUAAAUUUUGUCGCUUUUCGAUAACAAAAUUUGGCAGGAAAUUGCGAAGAAUCAUUGUGAGAUCAAUCGUAAAUUCCCUCGUCUUCUCACCUCUUCUCAUCUAGAAAUUAUGUUUGUUUCUUUUUUCAAUUUAUUUCACUUGCUUCUAUUUACUCUUCUUUCGCGAAAUUUCAAAAAUCUCCGUUUCUUAUUAAUCUUCGACGAAAAUAUCUCCUACUAAAAACUACGUAGUAAUUAAUAAAAUUAAGAGAACUAGAAAACGGAUGAAAGAAAACUAGACGAUUUUUUAAUGAAUGAAAAAAAAAACAAAUAUAAAUAGGCAAUAUUUGACAAAUAGGAAAAAUAAGUAACAACAGAGAAAACGACCAAUCUUAUGGAACAACCUAACGGAAUCGCGUUAAAGAAACCAAGAAAAAAUUUCACUGACAACUUUUCGUUUACCAAUAAAAUUUUGCUUCUCCAAAACUCGAGACAAUAACAGCCGUUGCAACGGAACAGUUAAAUACUAACGUGUGUGCUUACGAAUGGCACGAGGGCCGAAUCGGACUGUAAAUUUGCAUAGAAUUAGAAGUAGCGAAGCAGCAAGGUUAAUACGAUGUUGCGUGCGAUGUAAAUCUGUAGAUAGUAGAGAGAGGUCGGUUAUAAAGCGUGACUGUGCGUGUACAUAUACCUAGCUGGCAAUUUAUCUGUGUUGUAAUAUUUAUCCAAGGCGACGAUUCCCCAUCUUUCAUCCUAAGUUAACACGUUGCCUGUCACGGUGGCCAUCGGUGAGCCACGUUACUAAAUUCUUUAGAACAGCGAUCUUCCAUCCUUUUCAUCUUAUGGCACGCAUAGACUAAUUGCUAAAAUUUUGCCACAGACUAAAAGCUAUGAUAAAUAGAUAUAUUUGAUCGGAGACAAGGCUAUCGUUUUGACCAUCGUCGUUCUUUUUAUUUGACGAUCCUUUGAAAAGAGAGUCGAUCAGAAACCGAUUGGUUAUACGUUAGGUAUCGCGUGUCUGAAAAUUUUUGCUGCACACCUCUGUAUCCAUAGUUGAUAAUGGUUGAGAAUUGCUGUUUCAGAAUGAUUAAAAUAAGAUAAAGAUCACGGGCUGAAAACUGUUUAACAACGUGAAUAUCUUGGAUAACAUUGUUGGAGGAAAAAAUGAGUAAAUCGGAUCUAAUACUUUGCGCGAAUGAAAGUUUAUUGAUUGAAAAUACAUAGAACUGGCGUGACAGCCGACGUGUUAAGAGGACGUACGUUAUUCUGAUAAGUAUUCCUUAGCGUUAUAAAUUUAACUUAACUCGCUGAUUGGACUCAUCGAAUCGAGUGAAUCGUGAUCAUACAGCAAAAUAUCAAAGAUAUUUAAGGCGAUCGAAUUAGCGCGUAUCUAGUCGACAGGGUUAUCAACUACUCGUUGAUUACUUUUAAUGUAGGAUUAAGUAAGUUGUAAGAUUAAGUAAAUUAGAUUCAGUGGAUAUUUCGUGGAUAAAUUUCUAAUCAAACAGCCACUGUAAUGCAUAUCGUGUAUUAUUUCUUAUUAAUCGUAAAUAGAUGUAGGAGGGAAAAUGUUAUUAAAUCGUUGGUAUGUUUUAUAGUGACAGAAUUGCAUGUAUAGUAGUCCUGAAUCAUUCAAUAUUUGCCAUUAAAUUCUGCGAAUUUUAAUGCAAUUAUGAGAAAUUCGAAAACGCAAAAAUACGCGAAGUAUAGUGUUCGUUAUAUCGUUUGGUAGAUAAAAGAAAUUUUUGUCUACUUUGUAAAUUAUAUUUCCCAAUGAGAGGAAAAUAAAUACGUUUAUUUCGUUCAUAGCAAAUGAAACUGCAUCUUAGCCCUUUGCACUCCGAAUUUUAUUUCAAUUUCGUUACCAUCGACUUCCAACGCUUUUAAGUAUUUUAUUUGAAAUUUAUUCUAACUAAAAAAUAAGACGAUUUGAAUAGGUAAAGGAAGAAACAAAUUCACUUAAAUACCAGUUUUGUUCACAGUAUUGUUGUAUUUUGUAAUUUUUAAGUGUGUGAUAUAUCUUGAAGCAAUUUCCAGGAUGCAAUCCUGGUUUCCUUUCGCACGUUUCACAACAAAAGGUGAACAUGAAAGAAUGUCGAGUGGGACUCGACAAAGGAGAUAAAAACUCACACUCGACAUAGAAGUGCAAAGGGUUAGUAAUACUUUUUAUAAAAAUAUAACGAUACAUUGAAGCAAAAGAGAGCUGACAGUAACUAAACGAAAAAGCCAUUAGUAAAAGGGAAGAUAUUUGCUAAUAAGGAAUUACACGUGUUGUCAUGUCAUAGAUGAAAAAGUCAACAUGGGAGGGAAGUACCAUAGGAAAAUUUCUCGAUUCAGUAAAUUCAGUGACUACAUAGUGUAUUUCAAUUUUGCGUGAAUAUGAUCGUCCGAGUUAGUAUGUACGGCUGCGUGUAAUAAAGAGUUGCUUCUAGUCUCUACUCAGACAGCAUAGUUUAACGAUCAUUGCCAAAUCGUAGCAGUUGUAUCUAGUUAGAGAAUGAGAAUGUAUUCACUGUUCUAAAACGUACUCCGAUAACAUGUAUUAUUUAGAUAGAAACACAUAUUGAUUGAAAAUUCGUAGUUAAUCGAAACGUUGCAUCUAUCAAAUUAUUUCGAACGAGCAAAACGAUGUUCAGUUCUCGGAAUAUAAAUUCUACGACCCACCUUUUUCCAUAUAUUUAAACAUUUAAUAACAAAUUAUUUUUUCGCCCAUAACAAAGAAAGGCAACUUGUGUGAACGAUAAUAUCGUUACAUCAUAGUACACGUUAUUAUUAUUGCCAUCGUUCUUUGCCACUCGUUUCGCUUAAUUACUGGGUUUCAUCAUAGUAAGGUGGCUUGAGGUGACAGUGAAACGUUGUAAACAUUCUUUCAAUUUUUUUCAUUAAAGAAUUUCACAAAAUCCUUUUAUUACUAUUAUUAUUCGUUAGUUCGGUAUUAUUGUAUUGUAAAUUAAUAUUAAGAUAGAAUACAAUGAUUUCUUUAGGAAAAGAUUUAUAAUUAAAAAAAACACCAAAGAUUUGAUAUAGAAUAUCAAACGCUUGUUCAAUCACCGUAAUAUCGUUUCGGGUCACCGACGUUGUAUAAUAAUAUUCAGUUUAGUUCUUUUUUUUUUCAGUUUUCCAUUCUGCUUUAUUCUACUCAUUUAGAAUAAAAGAGUAUAAUCUAGUCGAAGAGUAGUGAGCGAAGGUGUCUUUUUUAAGAUUAAGUAGAUAAUAAAAAUCACGAAGAACAAUCACGAGAAGCUUGUACCGAGUGACUGGUUUAGGUAUAUGUCAUAAGGAUAGCCAUCUAUGUAUAAUUCCGAUAUAAUGAAAUUUAAUUAGCGUUCGGAAACGUAGAAAAUCGUGAAAUAAUUACACGUGGAUUGUAGCUCGAGACAUUCGAGCGACGACCAACCGGCGAACGAAAAAAAGUAGGGCACCGUUAAAAGAUAAACGUAUCUAGAUGAACGCGGUGAAUGUUAAUUAAACAAAGCCUAGUCAGAACUAGUCGUGAGUAAGCAUACAAAUAUAUAUACUAUCUCUAGAAAGUGUAUGAAAGGAACUUAAAAAUGGAGAAGUUUAUCAGCGACAAGGGGCAAACGAUUAUUCGUAGACUGCGGAUUUUUAUGUAUUUAUUUUAUUUUUUAUUUCCCUUGGACUAACGCUGCUUUAUUAGGAAAUAAUUAUAUUUUAUCUAAAUAUUAAUUUAUGGAUAACGUGAUAAUAAUUUAAAGAUGUAAAGAUACACGUAACAUGUGAAAAUAUAUAUAAGAUAUCCGAAGUAGAAUAUUUAUUAAAUUCCAUUUGUUUAAUCGUGUUCGCAGACAUCUGAAUCUGCAUAAAUAUCCGCAGUCGAAUUAUCUGUAUAGGUAGUUAUAUCUUCUGAUCGUCGUUAAUUAUGUGUCUGUAACACGAUAGUCAACGAAUCAGGCGAUCGUAUGUACAUAUGUAUGCGUUAGAUUGUUACAAAGAAUUUGUCCGGCUAUAUCGCGUGAUAUAUUUUUUAACGAAUUAUUUAUACGCUGUUGAAAGCGAUUAGAAUUAAGUUGUCUUACUUAAAUAGUACAUAGCGAAGAAUAUUUUAUUUAACCGAAGCUCGAUAUGCAAGAGCAUGUAAGAAUUAUACCUACGUACUUGGAAGAUUAAUACGUGGUGCUAUAACUCUAACAGCAUUCAUGAUAGCACAACAGGUUGCGUGUUUAAGCGAAUCAAAGAGGUUGUCACCUAUCAAAUUAAAGUAAGCACUUCGUGUUCACAUUUUCCUUUUUGUUUAUCUAUACAUGAUGUAAUAAAAGAUCACGAUUAAAUAUGUAAAAAUUAUCGAUAAGAAGAAGUACGAAAUUUUUGAUUGGAAAAUCGACAAAAUGUUUGUAAUAAUCUUGUCUGCGAUACAUGCACAUGUAUCUAUAAAUAUGUAUAAUAACGAUCCGCGUCCAUGUGAGCUGAGUAUCAUCGCACAUUUAAGAAACUGCAAGUAUAAUUGAUUGUAUGUAACGUAGGCUAGUCACCAGAUGUAUUUUCUGUUCAUAUCUGUAUAUAUCAAAAUUUCAUUUCUCGUAAAUAUACGAAUCUUGAAGGCGAAUCUCUGUUUGAAGAUUAUUCAUUCGCAUUUUGUUCACGAUAAUUAUUUCUUCCUUCCUUCCUCC